GCUAAGAUCGUCACACACGACUAAAGAAAAUGUUACAUGAAGAGCAGAUUGAGGAGGCGAACAACGCCGUUCUCGCUAUCCGCAAAACGAUUGACAAAGAGUACUACCCGUUGUACCAUAUUGCACCGUACGCAGGGUCGAUGAACGCUCCAUGUGGAAUGAUAUACUUCAAAGGCUUGUAUCACGUAUUCUAUCAGCACAACCCUUUUUCUGCUGACUGGGGCUUGAUGCACUGGGGACACUCGACCAGCGAGGAUAUGGUGCAUUGGCGCCACCAUCCUAUCGCCCUCGCUCCGGGUGAUGACUGGGAUCGGGACGGGUGCUUUUCCGGGUCGUCUGUGGUCUACGAUGACAAGCUUUACGUAUUCUACUCCGGCCACCACUGGCUCACAGAUGUUGCAGACAACACUCAGAUUUAUCAGGUGCAGUGCCUCGCCGUUAGCGAGAACGGAUUCAAUUUUGAGAAACGAGGAAUUGUAGUCAAGCCUCCUGCUGGGUUCUCGCAUUUCCGCGACCCAUACGUCUGGUUUCAAGACGGACGAUGGUGGAUGGUGUGCGGUGCACGCGACUCAAAAGAUCAAGGGCAAUUACUCCUCUACAGCACGGACGACUUAGAGGAUUGGGAUGACAGCACGUACAUGAUCCUGGCAAAAUCGGAAGAUCGUAAUGUGUAUAUGUGGGAAUGUCCAGGGUUUUUCCCUCUCCAGUGCCAUCAGAUACUGACACUUUCUCCACAAGGAAUACAACCAGAGGACUACGCUUUUCGUAAUCGCUAUCAAACAGGACUGCUGAUCGGGGCUUGGAAGCCUAACGAGAUCUUCAACGUAACCUCAAAAUUCAAAGAACUAGACUUAGGACACGAUUUUUACGGCGCUCAGGUUUUUCUCGCCCGUGAUGGGCGGCGAAUUUUUAUUGCGUGGCUGGAUAUGUGGGACACAAACAUGCCAACGAAACGCCACCAUUGGGCAGGUAUGCAGAGUCUUCCCCGCGUGCUUCUUGUGGACGAGGCUACUGGAAAAAUUCGCACUCCUCCCGUUAAAGAAUUAGAAAGCAUUCGUAGCAGCUACCAGUAUCUCACGCCACAGGUAGUGCGUCGCAACUCGCAACUACGCUUACUUGCUGAUUGCACUGCAUACGAAGUUCGCAUCUUGUUUGACAUAGAAAAGAGUACGGCGGAAAAGUACGGACUGUGGCUUGGCAAAGGACUGGAAAUCUUUGUCGAUGCGCAGUGCAAGCGCCUUGUCGUCAACCGCCACUAUCCCGAUUAUGUCAUUAGUGGUUAUCGCAGCUACGCGUUGCCUGCGCAAGCAUCUUUAUUGUUGCACAUGUUCUUUGACCGUUCAAGUGUAGAGGUUUUUGUAAAUGACGGUGAGGCAGUGCUGAGCACGCGUGUCUAUCCUGCGCGCAAGGAUCGUGUCCUUUCUAUAUUUGCUGUCAACGGCAUUGCACAUGUUAGCCGCGGCGACGUAUGGGCACUUAAUCAGGCCAUCAUGCAAUGA